GUAUUGGAGGUGGUGAUGACAGAACUGGUGUCAUAUCAUCACAUGCCUCUCAGACUCUAGGCCUCCCUCAGUUUCUCUCACAAAUACUCUUUCUCCGGGGCACCCAAGCCUUUGUUGUCAUGCAACCUGCCAGUGGUUGGCAGUGGAGCCUGUGGGGGCUGCAGCUGUGCCUGCUGUGGAGCUUGUGCCUGGGGUCUCCAUCCCCGCCCACGGGCCCGGAGAAGAGGAACGGAAGUCAGGGGCUCCGGUUCCGGCUGGCCGGCUUCCCCAGGAAGCCCUAUGAGGGCCGAGUGGAGAUCCAGCGUGCUGGCGAAUGGGGCACCAUUUGUGAUGAUGACUUCACGCUGCAGGCUGCCCACGUCCUCUGCCGGGAGCUGGGCUUCACAGAGGCCACAGGCUGGACCCACAGUGCCAAACACGGCCCUGGAACAGGCCGCAUCUGGCUGGACAACAUCAGCUGCCGUGGGACGGAGCAGAGCGUGAGCGAGUGCACCUCCCGGGGCUGGGGGAACAGUGACUGUACCCACGACGAGGACGCGGGGGUCAUCUGCAAGGAGCAGCGCCUCCCUGGCUUCUCAGACUCCAAUGUCAUCGAGGUGGAGCAUCAACUGCAGGUGGAGGAGGUACGGCUCCGACCCGUUGUUGGCCGGGGCAGGCGACCCCUGCCCGUGAUGGAGGGCCUGGUCGAAGUUCGGCUCCCGGAAGGCUGGGCACAAGUGUGUGACAAAGGCUGGAGCAACCACAACAGCCACGUGGUCUGCGGGAUGCUGGGCUUCCCAAGCACAAAGAGAGUCAACACAGCUUUUUACAGAAAGUUGGGGAAGAGAGCGGCCCGAGCCCGACACCCCAAGCCCCUGGGAAGACCAGCCACCAAGCUAAAAGUCAAACCCAAACCCCGAGCAGGCAGGGGGCCAAUCAAGAGACUACUUUCUCAGCGGCAGCAACACUCGUUUGGUCUGCACGGGGUGGCCUGUGUGGGCACAGAGGCCCACCUCUCCCUCUGCUCCCUGGAGUUCUACCGCACCAAUGACACCAUCAGGUGCCCUGGGGGGUCCCCUGCGGUGGUGAGCUGUGUGCCAGGCCCUCUCUACACGGUAUCCAGUGGCCAGAAGAAGCCGCCGCCACGGAAGUCUCCGGAGGAGGCCCGUGUGCGCCUGAAGGGUGGCUCCCACCCCGGAGAGGGCCGGGUAGAAGUCCUGAAGUCUGGCACGUGGGGCACAGUCUGUGACCGCAAGUGGGACCUCCAGGCAGCCAGUGUGGUGUGUCGGGAGCUGGGCUUCGGGAGUGCUCGAGAGGCGCUGAGUGGAGCCCGCAUGGGGCAGGGCAUGGGUGCCAUCCACUUGAGCGAGGUGCGGUGCUCUGGGCAGGAGCCUUCCCUCUGGAAGUGCCCCCACAGGAACAUCACUGCCGAGGACUGCACCCACAGCCAGGAUGCCGGCGUGCGAUGCAACCUGCCCUACACUGGGGUAGAGGCCAAGAUCCGUCUCAGCGGGGGCCGCAGCCGCUAUGAGGGCCGAGUCGAGGUGCACGUCGGAGGCCCUGGGUCCCCUCGCUGGGGCCUCAUCUGUGGGGACAACUGGGGGACACUGGAGGCCAUGGUGGCCUGUAGGCAGCUCGGCUUGGGCUACGCCAACCACGGCCUGCAGGAGACCUGGUACUGGGACUCAGGGAACGUCACUGAGGUGGUGAUGAGUGGCGUGCGCUGCACAGGCACCGAGCUGUCCCUGGACCAAUGUGCCCAUCACGGUGCCCACGUCACUUGCAAGAGGGCAGAGACCCGCUUUACUGCUGGAGUGAUCUGCUCUGAGACGGCCUCCGAUCUACUGCUGCACGCGGCCCUGGUGCAGGAGACAGCCUACAUCGAGGACCGGCCCCUGCACAUGCUGUACUGCGCUGCCGAGGAGAACUGCCUGGCCAGCUCGGCCCGCACGGCCAACUGGCCCUACGGCCACCGGCGCCUGCUCCGCUUCUCCUCCCAGAUCCACAACGUGGGCCGGGCCGACUUCAGGCCCAAGGCCGGGCGCCACUCCUGGGUGUGGCAUGAGUGCCAUGGGCAUUACCACAGCAUGGACAUCUUCACACACUACGACAUUCUGACCCCCAACGGCACCAAGGUGGCUGAAGGCCACAAAGCGAGCUUCUGCCUCGAGGACACUGAGUGCCAGGAGGAUGUCUCCAAGAGGUACGAGUGCGCCAACUUUGGCGAGCAGGGCAUCACUGUGGGUUGCUGGGACCUCUACCGACAUGACAUCGACUGCCAGUGGAUUGACAUCACCGACGUCAAGCCAGGAAACUACAUUCUACAGGUGGUCAUCAACCCAAAUUUCGAGGUGGCAGAGAGUGACUUCACCAACAACGCGAUGAAAUGUAACUGCAAAUAUGACGGUCACCGCAUCUGGGUGCACAACUGCCACAUCGGGGAUGCCUUCAGUGAAGAGGCCAACAGGAGAUUCGAACGCUACCCAGGCCAGACCAACAACCAGAUCAUCUAAAGUGCCACCACCCUCCUCUGCAAACCACCACUGGCCCAAGAGCCAGGACCUGCAGCCGCAUGACCUCACAAGCUUGUCCAGGAACCCGAAGGCAGCAGGCUCACGGCACUCCCCGAGCUGGGCGCAGUGGAUGUGGAACGGUCCAGCAGAGAAUCUCAACGUCCACUUCGGCCAACAGGCAGUGUGCCCGGCCCCAGCCAGCCCCUAAGGAACUGCCCACAGGACAGCUGGCAGCGGCUAGUGAUCUUGACUAGGGGGGUCAGUACGGCUAGCCCCAGUGUCUCCCCUCUGAUGGGGAUACAGCCUUACCUCUAGCCUUCUGGUGGGGGGAAGGUGGGAAAUCCAGCCCUCUCCCCUUGUUUUGACUAUAACAUGUCGCUCGCUAGGUAUGAUUUUUAUUUUAUAUAAAAAGUUUUUUUGUGUCUUCAGAA